AUGAAGAGAACAUUCAACUUCCAGUUCAACAACUGGCCUAAGAUUCACCAGCCAUUGCCAAGGACACCACGAGAGUCUCAGCAACUUCUUAAUGCCCUGACAUCAUCGUUUCGUCGGCAGUUGGAUCACGCAUACCCAGCAUCUCACCCAUCGACGCAAGAUGGCGAGCCACAUGCCCUCAAUACCGACUCAUCAGUUCAUGCAACUGACCAGCACAUGCAUAAUAUCUUGGACAACCCUCUUUUCCGUAUAGUACCUCCGAAGACAAUCUCGCAAGAUCACCAUAAUCCCCGAAGCCUCGAAGAAUCGAAGCGUCUAGCCGAGAAUCCCAUGGUCGUAUUUGACGAGCUGGCUGCUUCAGGCUCAGUGACAUUAUGGUCUAUCAUCCAAUGUUUGAAGUCUCAACUUCUUUUGGCUGGACAUCCCGGUGGGAAUGGAGUGAACGAUGCUAUGAAGGCAUCUCGAGCUGCCUCUCGAGUUGCAGACUGGUUCUGGGCCUCUGAUAGCACAUCCAGGCUUAUGCUUCUGAAAUCAAGAACCGCAACAUCUGCAUUGACGAAGUUUAUGGUUACCGAGGGUCUUCAAAUCACUAUCAUGAACUGGCUCAACAUGAUCCAGACUCGAGACAUUGGUGGAACAAAUGGUCGUAUCACAGACAGAUUCGCCCAGAAGACAUUCAGCCACCUGCUUUUGUCAUUUAUGGAGGCUGAGAUCCAAUAUGGUGGCGGACUUAACACUGCAUUAAAAUACUAUGUGCGUGCUUGUAAUACACAUUAUAAUUUGAAGGUCGGCGUUAAAGGCGACAAAUCAAUGUUCCUGUCCGCCGGCGCCCACCUGAGUCGAGUGGCUUCGGAUCUGAAACCUUCUGCUGAGCAGGUAUCAGCGAACAUUUAUGACGAUUAUAUCAACGCCAUCUCUGGCAUGACGUCCCAUGAAUCUUUACUUUUUGCCUGCGUGUUACAAAGCCAUCCAACCCAUCCAGAUCCAAAACCUUUUAUACAACUUGCCGAACGUCUUUCACCACAAAAGGUUCGACCUUGGACAGAAGGCAAGCGAGAUGCAUUUUUGAGAAUUGGCAGUGAUGCACUUCGCCUUCUGAUUGAUCGGAAGAAGUUACAGGAGGCAAGUAACUUAGCACUGCGUAUGCAGACUUUACUUCCGGAGACAGCCGUUCAAACUGCAGAUGAAGAAUCCUCUGAUGUCGCUUCGCGCGAGGAGGAGCAAUUCUUUAACCGCCUAGACUUGACAAAGAUAACUCGCCAGAAUGCGGCUAAUACGCUCAAGCCUAGAAUUUCCGAGACUCAGGUUCUCAAGCGACGUAAUUUCCAUUCUUCUCUGCCAACUCCCGAAAAACUCCUCGCUCGCCCUGAUUUCUACCGCGAACGUCUCUUCCAAUGCACCUAUCGAACCCCUAAAGCCAAAACAGAGGAUGCACUUCUGCUUUCAAUUUACCUAUUCUACAAGCGCUUAGUCCUGAAUGACAACAUCGGCCUACGAAACGAAAUCGAAUAUCUUUGGUACGUGAAGUGGCCGGUUUGCUUCAUUCUUGACCUACAAGAUCUCUCAAAAUCUCGCUACGCGGUCCUUUCUGCCAUCCCUGUGUUGUUAGUUGAGUCAUUCAAUCAGCGCAUUCAGUUAGGUCUACCACGGAAAGCCGACGCUGUCAUCUCGCGCGAAGAACUAGCGCAAUAUCAGGAGGACAAAAUAUUCGAGUCGGUCCCAGGGUGGACGUAUCGGGUUGCGCGACUAGAAGAAACGCUAGUGAUUCCACACGAGAACGAUGAGUUUCUCGGGUCGUUGGAGGACGAAAGGUCUAGCCCUCAGCUAGCAGCGAAAAACAUUUUGUAUUAG